AUCUGUGAUGUAAGGAGAGCUUUUAGGUGUCUACGCCGAUCGCCUGACUUCGCCUGUCAUUUUCUGCCAGGCACCCUUUCUCUCUGCCACUCUGCCGCUGGGUAGAUGUGCCCUUAAACCACUUCCGCCGCCGCCGAGCACCAGCUGGCCCGGACCUCGUCUCUGUCCCUCUGCCCAGCUCGACCUGCUGGUGCGUGCUCCGCUCCUUGCUCUCCCGAGGGUGCGCAGGCAUGGAAGGGGAGGAGGAGUGCAGGGUGCUCUCCAUCCAGAGCCACGUCGUGCGGGGCUACGUGGGCAACAAGGCGGCGACUUUCCCCCUACAGGUGUUGGGCUUUGAAAUAGAUACCGUGAACUCUGUCCAGUUUUCAAAUCAUACAGGUUAUGAUCAUUGGAAGGGACAGGUAUUAAAUUCAAAUGAACUUCAUGAACUGUAUGAAGGACUGAAACUGAACAAUGUCAAUCAUUACGACUAUGUACUUACUGGUAAAGUAUCUACU